GAGUGGGUAUUCUGCUCGGGAGCUUCAGCAGAUAGGAACCGGUAGCCUAACAAAAUGCCUCAAGGAACAACGGGAACUAAAACAAACACAAGAUAGUCGCUCUAAUUUUUUAUAUAGAAGCAGAAAAGCGCAACAUGAGGCACGCAUCGACAUCUAAUGAAACUAUGGAAAACUCCUCUCUCACCAUGACAGACUUGUUUAAAAUGUGCACACAAUGCGAGCGGAUAAGAAAAAAGGACGCUGGAGUGCAAAUCCCCAGACCGGUAGGAAAUGGACCAAGUAGAUUCAUACCAGAGAAAGAGAUACUUCAAGUCAGUAAAUUGAAUGAAAGAAUACAGUCGAUUUUUGAGGAUGCCUUCGCAGUGCUUGGUCGCCUUGACAACAUCUCCUUGGUGAUGGGGUUCCAUCCUGAGUAUUUGGAGAGCUUUCUUAAGACACUGCAUUACCUGCUUCAGGUGGACGGUCCAUUGUCUCUGCACUGCAGACAUUACAUAGGCAUAAUGGCUGCCGCUAGGCACCAGUGCACGUAUCUGGUCAACCUGCACGUGAAUGACUUUCUGCAGGUCAGAGGUGAUCCCAAGUGGUUGAAAGGUCUGGAAGAAGCCCCACAGAAGCUGCAGGCUCUUGGAGAGCUCAAUAAGAUCCUGGCCCAUCGCCCCUGGAUGCUCACCAAAGAACAUAUUGAGCGUCUACUGAAGGCAGAGGAGCACAGCUGGUCCCUGGCCGAGCUGAUCCAUGUUGUGGUGCUACUCACGCUCUAUCACUCUCUGGCCUCCUUUACGUUUGGUUGUGGCAUCAACUCUGACAUCCACACAGAUGGAGGACAUACGCUCAGGCCGCCCUCGCUCAGCGGUUACUGCAUUUGUGACAUUGCCAAUGGCAACAGUGCCCUGGAGGAGAUGUUUGGGAACCAGCAGGUGUCUGAAUUCUCUGGUGAGGUUGAAGUGCUGAUGGAGAAGAUGAAGCAGCUCCAGGAAUGUCAUGACGAAGAGGAAGCCAGUCAGGAGGAAAUGGCCACUCGUUUUGAAAGGGAAAAAACAGAAAGCAUGCUGGUAGUCACCUCUGAAGAUGAGGAGUGUGUACCAUCUAGAGAUGUUUCACGACAUUUUGAAGACCCUAGUUACGACUACAAAGACUUCUCCAGGAGAGGAGAACAUGUACCCACUCUCAGAGUGCUGGACUAUAGUUGGGAAGAUCAUGGCUUUUCCCUGGUGAAUCGGCUGUAUCCAGAUUUUGGACAGCUUCUAGAUGAAAAGUUCCAGAUCGCAUACAAUCUCACGUACAACACAAUGGCGACACACCAGGGUGUGGACACGUCCAUGCUUCGUAGAGCCAUCUGGAACUACAUCCACUGCAUGUUUGGGAUUAGGUAUGAUGAUUAUGAUUAUGGAGAAAUUAAUCAACUGUUAGACCGCAGUUUUAAAGUCUACAUCAAAACUAUGGUGCGCACUCCAGAGAAGAUCACCAAAAGGAUGUAUGACAGCUUCUGGAGGCAGUUCCAGCACUCUGAGAAGGUCCACGUUAAUUUGCUUCUUAUGGAAGCGCGCAUGCAGGCAGAACUGCUCUACGCUCUGAGAGCUAUCACCCGCUACAUGACAUGAAGUGCUGUUCUUGUCUACCUUUUUAUUUUAUUUUUUUUACUGUUGUUGACGUUGGACACUUCAAUAAAUGUAAAAAUUACAAAAAAAGGAAAAAAAACUAAA